AUGGCACACAAGCACAACCGCCGACGGAUUCGCCCUCGGAAUCGCAACAACAUCCUACAACUGACCUGGGAUAUAACCGAACACACUCCUUCCUCACUGCAGGUGUCCUCCCCCUAUUCCUCACCCCUUUCAAAGACUGAGCCAACACAACCUGCACUGCCUCCAACUCUACGAAACCCUAGUUCCAGCCUGACAUCGAAAAAUUGGUACAACCGAUACGUGGCCUGGCAGAACCGCGAUUUGGCCCAAAAGCGAGAAGCCAUCAAGUUGGAGGCCGAACAGAUCAAACUCUUUGGUGGAGAGCCCGGGGACGACGUUGGGCUUUGUUACAAGAUGCUGGAAGUGUUUGCGGGAAUGAAUUGGAUCGAUACCCUGGAUUAA